AUGGGCAUAGGUUACUCGAGUCCCCAAUUUCCUCUGGAGGAAAAGAACCCUCGUGAAUUAACUGCAGCCAUGACCUUACGACAGCUGGUGUCCGGGAGCACGGUGGAUGUGCGGCUUGAAACUGAGGAAGCUCCUCCUCCCUACAGCGCCCGAGAGCGAACGACGGUUCUUGCUAUCUCCCAGCUCAGGGACUGGGAGGAUCGCCUGUUGAAGGAUCCCAAGAACCGUCUGGCUAUCUCGAGCUUAGCCAAAAGCCCGUAUUCGCAGAUCCUCACCAACCAGUCGGCCGUCAGGUCCGAUGCCCAGGUGUUCAACGUCAGGAUUCCUCUCGAGGGCGGCCCGAUCACCAACCAGCGCGCCUCGGGCCGCUGCUGGCUUUUCGCCUCGACCAACGUCUUCCGCGUGCCUCUCAUGAGGAAAUACAAUGUGAGCGAGCUCGAGCUCAGCCAGACAUACCUGUUCUACUGGGACAAGAUCGAGAAGGCCAACUGGUUCUUGGAGAAGAUCAUCGAAACGGUCGGCGAGGAUCUGUCUGGUCGGUUGGUUCAGAAACUCCUCCAGGACCCCGUCACCGACGGAGGCCAGUGGGACAUGGUGGACAAUCUGGUGCAGAAGUAUGGCCUGGUGCCGCACGCCAUCUACCCGGAUAAUUUCAACGCCCAAAAUAGCAACAAGAUGAACUGGCUGAUCACCGCGAAGUUGCGCGAGCAUGCAUUGGUUCUCCGGCGACUGGCGCAGAGUCCGAGCGUGAAGGAGCGGGAAACGCUGGCAGAGACAAAGGAGGCGUUCCUGCAAGAAAUUCAUAGCUUGGUGACUAUCAUGCUAGGACCGCCACCCAAUCCCGAUGAGCCGUUUGUGUGGCAAUACUACGAUGCCAAUGGAAAGUCGCAAGAGAUCCGUCAAGCGCCGCGAGCCUUCGCCAGCCAGGCCACGGUGCAGUUGACCCGAGCGGAAGUCAACCCCAACAGAGUGCUGAGUUUGGUCAACGACCCUCGCAACGAGUAUAACCGUUUGUUGACGGUUGAUAAGCUGGGAAACGUGGUGGAGGGACGUCCUAUUAGUUACAUCAAUGUCGACAUGAAGACAAUGAAAUCGGCCGCCAUCGCGAUGCUUCGGGCGGGCCAUCCCGUCUUCUUUGGCUGUGACGUGGGAAAGUUUUACGAUGCCAAUCCGGGAGUGAUGGAUACCGAGCUCCUCGAUCUCUCACUGGGGUUCAACGUCACGCUGGGUAUGGAUAAGGCGAGCAGACUUGAAACGGGCGAAUCGUCCAUGACUCACGCGAUGGUGUUGACGGCCGUUCAUAUCGAAGAGAACAAGCCCGUGCGAUGGCGAGUGCAGAACUCGUGGGGCGAAAACACCGGCGACAAGGGCUGGUUUGUGAUGACCGACCGAUGGAUGGACGAGUAUACGUAUCAGGUCGUAGUCGAUUCGCGGUUUGUUGCCAAAGAGGUGCGAGACGUUCUGGACCAGACACCAAAGGUUUUGCCACGGUGGGAUCCUAUGGGAGUCCUGGCAUGA